CGAAAUGAACAGAUUAUGAGUUUGGAGAGAGUGAGGGGGUUACUGUCGGUCGGGUUGGUCGGUGGGACAGACCAGCUUGCUUAAUCAGCCAGUGGCUGACUGAACACAGCUAACCUCUGGACCCUUCCAUUGAGCAACAAGGUUGGAGACUGACACAGAGAGAUCAACAGUUUGGUAAACAAAAGAGAGGGAGCCAGGAGAGAAGGACUGGAACAAAGUCAAAGAAAGACAGAGCGGACAGAGCAGAGCAGGAGCAAGAGAGUUGAAUUUGAAAUAGAGGAGAGAAAACUGCAACAGCAAAAAUUUAAGAUUAAAAGUUAAAGAUUGAUAGAAUUAGUGUCAUGGGUGUGGCCACUUAAAGCAGUGAGGCACAAGAGCAGAGACAAAAGCAACUUUUGUCUGGUGGUUAGAGGGGGAGGGUGACAGACUUAGGAAGACAGGGUGGGUCAGAGGUAAAGGGGUCAAGAGAAAGACUGAGAAAGACACAGUGGGAGCCGUUCAAGAAGAGAAGGCCAGAGAACUCACUCACGAGGCAGAGGCAACGGUAUGGAUAGAUAGAAGCUGGCAGACAUAGUAGCUUAUCAAGGGGGAGAGGGGACAGAGAGGACUAGGCUGAGUCACAUACAGGCAGUCGGCAUGGGGAUAAAGGGCAAGGCGGCUUUGGCCAUCGUGGUUCUACUGUUCUUCCUCGGCUCCAUGUGGCUCCAAGGAAGUUUGGAUUACCAGUGGGACUCUUGUCUUAAAGGUUACAUUCAGAUAAACAGUCCUCGCCAUCUGUCCAAUGGCAGUGAGGCUGAUAGUGAUGAGGACGGGGCCAUACUGGAGGUGUGUCCCGGUCAGAAGUUCCAGGUGUCGGAGCUGCUGUCUCACCUGCUGGCUGCGCCGGCACCCACCAACGACGUGCUGCUGCAGCCUUAUCUGGCUAGUUGGGACGAGCUUAUCAAGUUCAUGGAGGCUCUUGGACCGAUGGUUGGACUCAUAUCUCAGGAGAUUGAAGCCAAAACUUCCAUAAUCCGUGACCUGACCCUGCGGGAGGCAGGUAGCAGUGAUGAGGGAGAAGUGGGCCUAGCCUUGGGGUUGGUGUCUGGUACCAGAGCGCAUGGUGGUGGACAGGAGGAGACAGAGGCCUCAGUGGCAGCACCAAGCAGUACCUACCUGUCUUUGCGCUCUAUGAUCCACACUGAGUUGAGCCGGGGCCUGGUAGACUUCCAGCAGAUGACAGAAUCUGGGUGUCGUACCCUGCUCCGGCUGCACCGGGCCCUGUUGUGGCUGCAGGUCUUCCUGGAAAAGCUGGGGGAGGGGCCUGUGGGCGGCCGGCUGCGGAGCCCCUCAGAGCUCUGCCGUGAGGCCUAUCAGCACACCCUGGCCCACCACCACUCCUGGUUUGUACGCAGGGCAGCGGAGAUAGCCUUCAUCGCCAUGCCUGAGCGGAGUUUCUUCUACAGGCUGGUGUGUGUGACGAACCAGGAAGAGGCCAGCGUGGUGCUGAACAGGGUGGUCCGGGCCAUCGGAGAGGUGUAUGACAGAACUCAGGGGGUCCUGGAGGAGCAUGGCAUGCUGGACCUGCCGUAGGAGAAGAGUGGGGGGGGUUCUGUUUCUGAGGGACCAGCCACAUCUGGACAUUACAGUAACACUAUUUUCACACUACUGAGCCGAGCCAGGCUGAGCUGAGCUGUACUGCGCUGGCUAGGUUACGCAUCCGUCAUGGUUGGAAUUAUACUGGUAAGGACAAUGUGAAAAUAGAAUAGCAAAACCAGCACAUUACUGUUCGGGUUUGCAUAAUAGCAUGGUCUUACAGUCUAUCCCCUGGUGCCUUGUUCCAUAUGCUGUACUAUCUUUUAUCAGGUUAAAGUUCACAUGUGUGCAAGACCAAUGAGCUGCUCAAGUAAUCAUGAGUGAGUGCUCUCAACAGAGUUUACCAAAAGGGCCAAUUUGUAUUAGGGGCCAUAUGACCAAAGUGCUGGAGAAAACAAUCAACUGAAGCUAAAUGUCUUCAUUGUACAAUUGAUAAGUCAUUGUUAUGUCCCUGUUUGUCUGUGUGAGAUCACGCACUGGACUUGUUAUGGUUUUGGAAGACCAUAGACUGGUUGAAAAACAAGUAACGUAUCAUGUAUUGUUGUAAAUUCUGAAGAUGUUGCCAAUGUAAUUCCAUAGGUCAGUGAUUGUUGUGUUGUUGUAUGUUGAUGUGUAAUUCAGCAUUGCCAUCAUUGAAUCAAAGGCCAAUCACAAGGCAAAGGACUUUGUCCAUGCCCCACAUCGUGAUUAUGUAAUAAUUUUAUAUGGGAUCAUUUGUGAACAUCUUCUAGGGCUGCUGGACACAUCAGAUGGACUUUAUUCAGGGUUCUCAAAACCACAUUUACAAUGCAGUGAUUCACUGAUCUUAGCUACUGUUGUAGUUAUGGUUUAAGUACGUAUGCAUUACUACAAAAUUGACACUGCAGAAGUAAUAUUUUUGAGUCUGGAUCUGAGUACCUCCUGUACAAUUUUGAGAAUGGAAAUACGUUCUAGACCAGGGAUGGGUGACCUUGAUGGGGGUGGGGGCCACAAAACAUCUGAACUCAUCAUGGGGUGCCACAGUGGCUCCCUGGUCUGCGUGUCGACAUCCAUUCCCAAACAUGCAGUCAGAAACAGCCCUAACCUUUUGGGGGAUCCUAGGUCAAAUCUUCUUAGGGUGUGUGAGCAAAACAGCUAGAGGAGAGAAAGUUUGUUUUAAAGCAAAUUCCCUGCAAUUCUACACAUUUUUCCAUGGGGCAGAGAUACAUUUCUGUUUUAAAGCAAAUUCCCUGCAAUUCUACACAUUUUGUUAUAGCGUUUUUUAAUUUUAUAUAUGAUAGCUGACUUAGUGACUAACAAAAUCCAGUGGGGCCCCCUAGUUGGUAAUUCGACCAUGAUUACUACAAGUUUAGAUAGCUGGCUAGACUAAUUUACCAACCUGAAAUAUGUUAGUUUACAUGGGCUAAUUGAGUGCAUUGAGAGAAACUGAUGAUUUUAUUUGGUUGGAAAUUGAUCCGUGGGCCCCGUUCUAGACCAUCUGAUUGGUCCCAGAAACCAAUGGUUUGGGCCAGAGCCAGAACACAUGUGCAACGUUUUGAAAAUUCGUCUGGCUUUGAUACUCUGAUUGUUUAGAGAUGAUUCAUUAGCUGAUUACUUUGUUUUUUUUUGUAACAGGCUCCAUUUUGAAAACAACACAAAUGACUUCAAUGAUUGCAGCAAAUAUGUCAUGGCGACAAUGUCAUCGGGCCUAACGUUCGUCUCACGCCGAACUGCGCAAGUCCAGGCCGUCUAAUCAAAGGCACUCCUUCGAGAUACAGUUGUUUUUUACAGAAAUUAAAAUGUCAGUUUGACACUAACACGAGGUUGGAGUAAACACGUGUUCAACUGCUUAAGACAUUGGCUCAAAUCUAGGUUGUGCCUUCAGAUUUCGAGAAAAUUAACAACUAAGGAAUAAUUUUUUACUUCUCAAACCCCGGACAUGGUCUGUUUCACAAGCGUUCCCGGAAGUCUCGCAAUGUUGCACCUCUGGGUUUUAGAAACUCUGUGUUUGCAGCAUGACUGAACUAUGUAGCGAACUAGGUCAGCGGAAGAUUUCUGUUAAGAUUCAUCAGGCAAACGUGUUAUAUCCGGGGCUUUUGAUCUUAUGUUGCAGUACUACAGUAUAUCCACCAGAGGUCAUAGUGUACUACACAUGCACAUCAGUUUCACUGAACCCUGAAUGCUAAUAACAGUUCGUGGCAAAGUCAUUUAUAUGAACAUUUGUGACGUAAUACUUCUACACCACAAGAAUUUCUCCUCCCUUCGCUUGGACAUACAUGCUGCGAAUGGCAUAAUGCCACCAUUUUAAGAGAUGUUUCAAUGUAAAACUACAAUGACUUUUUUAACCUACAAAUAUAUAUUUUUAAUAUACUGUCAUUUUAAAAAACGAGUUAGAUGAACCUCUGUCGUACAGUAAUGUUAUGGUUAGAUACAAUAUUUAUAUAUUAUUCAUGAGAUUGAGUAUGGAGUUCCAUAAACAUUUUAAUGGAAAGAGUCCAAACAAGUAUUAUGAGGAAAUUAACUGGGGAUUAAUGAGCACAGCUGGAUGCAAGCCUAAUGUGUGAGAGAGCGGGAAAGCUGGUGCGUGCCUGGUAUAUCAGCCGCUUGCGUUACACUUGAUCACACUAUUUAAACCCACAAAUGCCUCUAAUGCUAUGUAAUCAUUGCUCUCUCUUCCUAUUGUCCUCCACUGGAUCCCAAUCGCAAAAAGGAUAGAUUGGAGGAGGGAGAGAGAGUCAAAUUCUGUAGUAAUCUUGUAGUGGUCAGAGCAGAGUGAAUGCGUCAGAACCACUAUGCCAUAUUAACAACACUCUAGCACAUUUACGUAUCUUGUACUUCUUAUGAAGAAAGUGCAAAAAUGUAGUGGUUUUGGUUGAUUUGUCUCGAGGUUAAUAUUAUACAUUGUAACGCAGGUGAUCUACAGUACGGGCCAAAGUCUUCCAUGAAAGGUAUUUAUGCUCGGGGUACUUGGCUACAUGUCAAAUCCAGAGAUCAGGCUUGGUAGGUGGCCACAGUCUGCCAGAGGAGAGCAGAAAGCAAGAUACAUGAGUGUUGAAGGAGCUGCCUAGGGAUUGUCAUGGUGAAUAAAAUGACAUUAGAUUACAUCCAUCUGCCCGAUGGCACCGCUUGAAUCCCUUACUUCCUCUUUCCCCAGAGCCUCACUCUAUUGGGCAGAUUCAACUUUAUACAAAACCAGUUUGUAUCAGCCAAUCAUUUCGUUUGAUUACUGUUUACGUGUACACAACUGUGAAAGUAUUUGUCCAUUUGACUUGUGAAUGAUUAUGUUACAGGUGUCUCCUUUUACUCAAACUGUCAAAAAUUAGAAUACAUAAACUUCCUCUUAUGUCAGAGUCAUCCUGUAGACUAGAGGGUAUUAUUUCAGACUGUCUCAGACUCCGUCUGUCUGAAUAACUGACUAAAGGAUGGAUGAGCAUAUACAGGCACACUGAAAUGUGAAACAUAAUCUGAGGUGAAAUGAUCGGAAACAAGGGAACAAAAACAGACCUAUCUGGUUGUUUCUGUCAAUCACAUUUAUUGAUUUCUCUAUUUUCUUUUACAAUGAACAUAAGCAAAAAAAUAUAUACAUACAUACAAUAAUAUACAUCCAGCAAAAAAAAUAUAGAAUUAUCAGCCAAUUCAUUUUGGGUGAGAGACUAUCACAAAGUGUUUCAAAGGAGUUCUGCCUUAGAUAAGUUUUUAAUAAACUGUGUGAUUCAAGA